AUGAAACCAAAUGACAAAAAAGAUUUUCUAAAGUUUGUAUCGUCUGUAAAGUUUCCUGAUAGGUAUGCUUCUAAUAUCGCGCGUUGUGUGAAUAUUGACGGGGGUAAAUUUAAUGGACUAAAGAGCCAUGACUGCCAUCUGUUUAUGCAACACCUACUUCCUGUGGGUACUCGACACCUUUUGCCAAAAGAUGUAGUGAAACCAAACAUGUUGUUGUCCAGAUUUUUUUCCCAACUGAGGGCAAAAACAUUGCGAAAGACAGACAUUAAUCAGUUGCGCCAUGACAUUGUCAAAGUCCUAUGCAAGGUCAAGAUGAUAUUCCCUCCAGCUUUCUUCAAAAGUACGAUCCACAUGAUGGUUCACUUGCCAGAAGAGGCAUUGCUCGCUGGUCCUGUCAACUAUCACUGGAUGUAUCCAAUAGAAAGGGGGAGUCCUGGAGGGACAAUCGAGGCUAAAAAGAUCUACAUGGUGGAGCCUGAUCGGGGCAGGUGGGUAGUCAAAUCGGCAUUUGGGAUCGUGAAGCAUGGUGGUGUGACUCCCAUAAAUCCCAGUAAAUCUCGGCCACCGCCCUAA